AUGGAGUCUUCUUCUCAGAACCAGGCAGGAAUGGGCUCCUCGGAGCAAAGCAAUGACAACGCUCAAGGCGCGGCAGAAGCCGGCCGUCACUUUGAAGCCUCCUCAGCUCAAGAUCAUUGGAACAUCAGAAUUGUUUCCCACGAGGACCGACGAGAGGCAACCAUCACCAUGCGCCAACUCCCCUCGUCCCUCUUCACCCCCCACGCCAUCUCACGCAGACCCGAGCGCGUCCUGCACCAGAUGGCGACCAUCGCGCUGUCCUCGGCCAUGGACCACCGGCCCAUCCAGCACGCCGAGAUCCCGGCGCCGAUGGCGUUCACCAUCACGCAGGCCAACGCGGCCGAGUACGCGCGCCUCUGCGCGACCACGCGCCCCGGCCGCACCUACGUCUACAGCGUCUUCGGCGGGCCCGACCCCGCCGCCGGCCGCCCCCUCGACUCCCUCGCGGCCUACAGCAGCAUCCACGCCGCCAACAACCGCGUCGUCACCGAGUUCCUCAACGCCCGCGCCGCCGCCGCGUUCGCCGCCGGCGGGGCCGCGUUUGGGGCUGGCGCUGCUUUUAUGGACGAUGACGACGAUGGCCUUGGUGGUCUUGGUGGUCUCGGUGGUAUUAGUGGUAUUGGUGGUAUUGGUGGAGGCAUGCUCGACGACAUCUUCGGCAACGACCUGCUCGAGCAGGACGGCACGACGAUGACGAUGGCGGAGGCGGUCGAGCGCUGCAACUUCACGUACCGCUGGGGCGUGGGUGCGGGCGCGGGGGAGCACGACCCGACGCGCGAGGGCCUGCUGUGGGUCAGCUACCGCACCAUGGUCAUCGGCGCCGGCGACAUCGGCCGCACGUACCGCGUCUUUGCCCAGAGGCUCCAGGUGGAUGACAGCAUGCGCAUCCGAGAUGUGCAGGGGGAUGCGGAGAUGGCGGCGCCCUGGCUCGAUGGAUAA